UUCAGCUGUCAGCUGUCAAUCAGUUUUAGGUUAUAAAAUCUUAUUUUGAUCUUACAGAGAAAAAGUUAGUUUAAGACACAUAAAAAUGUCUCUAUUAUCAUACGCUUCAACUGUGCUUAGACGAGCACCUGCCUUUAGACUCUUAACUAAAUAUAAAACUUGCAUAAACAAUACAAAAACUGCAACUUUUAGCAGUAUAACAACAAAAACAAUUCACGAUGUGAAUACAAACGUUAUUAAAGAUGUAAUUCUAUUUAAGUAUGAGAAUCCGAAGUUUUUCAUGUACAUGAAUAUAUUUGCUGUAGUACAGUAUAUGUUUUGGACUUAUUUGGGUUUGUUUUCAUUCUCGACACUGCGAGACGCGCCGGUUGACAAGUCUGCAAUAACCUACGAUACUCCUUGGUUUAGAAGGAUAAAUCUUGGAGAGAACAAGUACAGAAAUGCUCUUGGAACAGUCUCUGUAGUUGUUGGUGUGGGAUCUCUGUUCAUGAUCUGGAUGUACACUUUACGUUCAGUUCGUUACUUAAUACUGAACAAAGGUGGAAAGCAGUUAACUUUUGUCACAUACACACCUUUUGGCAAAAACAGGAUGAUGACAGUUCCCCUAGAAAACGUCUGCUGCAAAGAGUCAAGAAAUGUUGCUAAAGUACAAUUACCUUUGAAAAUAAAAAAUAGAUGGAUGCACUACAUGCUUGAUAUGAGAGGAGAGUUCAAAAAUCCCCUGCUAUUUGACUCAACUGCAGGAUUAUUAAGAAAACUGUGAAGCACCUAGUUUUUUAAUGUUGCAAUUGUUUUUUUAUUUAUUGUAAAGUGUAAAUAUAGUUU